UGUGGAGAGAGAGAGCGCGAGCGUGCGUGCCGCGCGCACCGUCUGCCCAUCUCCUCUCCCUCACUCCGCCCCCCCUCCCUCCUCUAAAGCUCCAAGAUGGCGGCAGCGGCGGCUGAUGCGGAGACCCCGGCUCCCCCUCCCCCCCCGGCGGUGGUGGUCGCGGCUCCGGAUCCCGCUCCCGGCGGGGGGGUCGGGGCCUGCCCGGAUUUCGCCGUGGUGUGCUCGUUCCUGGAGCGCUAUGGCGCCUUGCUGGACCUGCCCGAGCUCAGCUUCCCGGAGCUGGAGGAGGCGCUGGAGGAGACCCGAGCAGUUGCAAAACCUUUAAUGGAACUUCAUCUGAAACUAAUGAGAAAAAUUGGAAAGUCUGUUACAACCGACAGAUGGGAAAAAUACUUAGUCAAGAUAUGCCAGGAUUACAACAGCACAUGGGCCUGGGAGAUGGAGAAGAAAGGCUACCAGGAGAUGAGCUUGGAGUGCAAAGUGGGCUUGCUGAAGCACCUGUGCGAGUGCCAAUUUGAUGACAAUCUAAAAUUUAAAAAUAUCAUCAAUGAAGAGGACGGUGACGCCAUGCGUCUGCAGCCCAUUGGGCGGGAUAAAGAUGGCUUGAUGUACUGGUACCAGCUGGAUCAAGAUCAUAACAUUCGUAUGUACAUAGAAGAGCAAGAUGAUCAGGAUGGAUCAACCUGGAAGUGCAUUGUCAGGACUAGGAAUGAACUAGCAGAAACCCUUGAGCUGCUGAAAGCUCAAAUUGAUCCUGCAUUGUUAAAGAAAAUUGAGCCGCAGGAAGGUUCAUCUCAUGAGAUCCCCUGUCCAGACGAUGAAGUGAAAAAGGAAAAUGAGGAAAAAUCUGUGGAGGAUGGUGAGAUUGACAAACCUGAAGCCAAGAGCCCAAAAGAUGAAAGCAUCUGUAAAACUGAGAAAGAGGUUUUAAAAACACCUUCUGAAAUAAAGAUUGAGCCUUCAGCAGACUUGGACGAAGGAAAAUCAGUUGUCAAAGAAGUGAAUGACUCUUUUAAAGAAAAUAUUAAACCUUUGAAAGUAGAAGAAAAAACAGAACCAAAAGAAUUAAAGGAAUCUAAAGCGAAUGCUGAAAUUAUCCCUCCUCCUCAAGAACCUGAACGUUCUGAAAUAUCCGUUAUUGUCAAACGCACAGAAGAUCCUGUUGAAAAGUCAGUGGGGGAAACGGAGAAAAUAAAAAAUGACCAGCAAGCUAAAAUACCGUUGAAAAAGCGUGAACUAAAGUUGACUGAUGAUUUUGACAACUCUGUUAAAACAUCGCUUAGCAAGUCCGUUACCCCUACGAAGGAAAUGCUCUUAAAAGAUGAAGGUAAACAGGAAGAAGAUAAUCAGAAGUCUUCAGUGGGGACUUGUGCCAAUGUGGAUGGGAAGCAGCUAUUAAAUGGAGAGGUCAAUAGUGAGAAAGUAGUACAAAACUCAAAGGUAGAUCAGGCCGAGAGUAAUUCUAAUAUAAGAGAAUCAAUUGUGGUCUCGACCAAGGAUGAAAAUGGCUUGCCUAAUGAGAAGAGAAGCAUCGGUGUUAUCAAAAGCUUAACGGUCAUAAAAGAGAACAAGACAAGUAACGAUAAUUUGGAGAAAAAUGCAAGGGACCUAGGAAAUGAUCUUCUUUCCCCAUUGGCAGAAGAAUCAAACCUAAAACCACCAGUAAAAGGAGAAUUGGGUGAGGUUGGUUUGAAGAAGGAUUGCUUGGAAGACAAGAAUGGAGAAAAUAGAAAAAAAGAACUGACUGUAAUAUCUAGUAAAGGGAAGGUUGCUGUAGACAAAGAGACUUCAAAGAAAAGUCUUAUUAGUUCAGUGUUAAGUAAGGAGUCUGAAUUGGUAGAUAAAACAGGGAAGGUCACCGCUGGAGAUGGUGGUCAAUUGACUGAUGCACUGCCACCUGAAACAGAUGAGUGUAAUGAGGACAACAAGGCUGAGCCAAGUCUAAAACAAAAAAGUGAUUUAGAUGGAGGAGAGGAAUCUAGUGAUAAACUGGAUGCCAAAAAAGAAAUUGCAACAAAAAAGGCUAUAGAAUCAGAGGCCUCAAGAAAACCUUCAAUUGUAAAAGACUCUACUUCAAAACAUGAGGUUCCCAUAGAAACUAAAGAGAGCACAGAGAAUGAAGAGAAUAAAACGUCUGAAUUGACUAUACCAAAUGAAAUGGCAAAAAAAGAAAAAUCUGCAGAACCAGAGAGGAGAACAAGAACUACGAGAACACGACAUAAAUUGGUUCCCAAAGAAAGUCUUCCUGAAUCUCAGUCAACAAAAGAUAACAAGGUUGAUUACCCCAAACCUGCAAAUGAUGAGGUGGAAAAGUCUUCUAAGACAGAGAAGCAAGGCCCAGCUUCAAAAAGUAGACAUCAAAAUAAAGUGGUCCAGGAAGAAGAAAACAGUGGCACAGACUGUAAGGAAAUGACUUCUGAGAGGCAAAAGGAUGGCUUAAAGUUAACCAUCCGGAUUUCCAACAAAAGAAAGAGGACAGAGUUGUCUCAGAUAAUUGCUGUAGAGGAUCCUGAAGAUGCAGAGAUGGAGGAAAGCACCGCAAGGACUUUAAGGCGGUCUCCACGAAUUUCACGUCCCUCAGCUAAAGCCGCUGAAGUCAAAGACCGUAAGCCUGAAAAGAAACAAAGCGAUGAUGAGGAAAAACCUCCAUCUAAACCCGAAAAAGAUGAAGAAAGAAAGUCUGAAAAAGAUUUGUGUCCGAAAAUAAAAAAGAAACCAAGACACAGAAGACGAGCGCGUUGGACUAACUUCCGAUCACGCCGCCGACGUAAAGAGUCUAGUGAGGAAGAGAGUGAGGAGACUGACAGUGAGGAAGACUCUGAAGUAGGAUCGGAAGAUGAGAACAAAGGUGUCCCAGGAGAAGAUGACGAGCCGUGCAAAAAAUGUGGACUUCCCAACCACCCAGAACUGAUUUUGCUGUGCGAUUCCUGUGACAGUGGGUAUCAUACGGCUUGCCUUCGGCCUCCCUUGAUGUUGAUUCCGGACGGAGAAUGGUUUUGUCCCCCCUGCCAACAUAAAUUACUGUGUGAUAAACUGGACGAACAGUUGCAGAAUCUGGACGUGGUUCUUAAGAAAAAAGAACGCGCAGAGAGAAGGAAAGAGCGGUUGGUUUAUGUUGGUAUAAGCAUUGAGAACAUCAUACCUACACAGGAACAAGAGGAAGUGGCAGAAGUUGUGGAAAAAGAAGAAAAGAAAAAGAAAAAACCAAAGCCACUGGAAAGAAGGUCAACACGAGCUAGAAAAUGUAUAAGCUACAGAUUUGAUGAAUUUGAUGAGGCCAUUGAUGAGGCAAUCGAGGAGGACAUCAGGGAUGGAGAUGGUGGAGGUGGUGCAGGCCGAGGCAAGGACAUGUCCAAUAUCACUGGUCACCGUGGAAAGGACAUAUCUACAAUUUUAGAAGGAGAAAGAACUGAAGGAAAACGGCCACAAAGAACAGUCACCCGCCGCAAAAAACGUCGGCGUCUUAACGAUCUUGACAGUGAUAGCAACAUGGAUGAAGAAGAGAGUGAAGAUGAGUUCCGGAUCAGUGAUGGUUCUGAAGAGGAAUUUGUCGUAUCUGAUGAAAAUGUACCAGAGAGUGAAGAAGAUCAGCAAUCCAAUGACAGUGAUUUUGGUGCGCGCAAACCAAGACGUCACUACAGGCGACCAAUGAGGAAAAGUUCACGUUUGAAGAAAAGAAGCUCAAGAAGGAAAUAUUCAGAUGAUGAUGAGGACGAGUCAGAUGACGAUGCUGAAGAGUCUGAAACAGAAGAAAGCAGUGAUUACAGCGAUGACUACCUUGAUACCAGAAGGCGGAGGUCAAGAAGAAACCAGAAACGUCAAGUCAACUAUAGAGAAGAUUCUGAGAGUGAUGGUUCACAGAAAAGAGCUCGGUACGGCAGAGGCAAAGAAAUGAGGCGGGUACUCAAACGCAGGUUCUCCAGCUCAGAAAGCAGUGAUGAUAAUUCUGCAGAUGAGAGGCUACGAACAGAAAAGAAGCCCUUGCUACGGAAACGCAUCCGAAGUUCAAAUGAUGAACUGUCAGAGGAAGAGAAACCUGUGCGAAAAAGGUUAAAUCGAAUUGAGACCGAUGAGGAGGAGGAGGAGGAGGAGGAGAAGGCUGAUGAGGAGGGGAAGGAAGGAAAGGCUAAGGAGAGCAUAACUGAAGAGCCUGCUGUCGUGGAAAAGCCUCUCCCGACAAGCACGGUCCAAGAAAGCACGAAGAAGCCUUGCUAUCGGAUAGAAAGUGAUGAUGAAGAUGACUUUGACAAUGUAGGAAAAGAUGGCAGCCCAUUGGACUAUAGUUUGGUGGAUUUACCUUCCACCAAUGGACAAAGCCCUGGAAAAACUAUUGAGAACUUGAUUGGGAAACCAAAUGAAAAGAGUCAGAACUCUAAGGACACUUCGGCCAACAUUAGCCAGGCUUCCAAUGGGACGGGUAGUAGCCAGGAUGCAGUAGUGCCAGAAGAAGACGAGGAUGAGCUUCUGCGAGUAACGGACCUUGUGGAUUAUGUCUGUAACAGCGAACAGUUAUAAGACUCAUCCUCUUCCAUUUUGUGCUAAUUUAUUCCACAGUCGCUCAUACCAGCGGGCCAGUUAUGAUAUGCGGUUUUAUUCCUCAUUGAGAACUUUCUCCACUACAAAUUUUACCUUUUUAUAGAAACAUUUGACCAGUCCUGCAGCCUCUGUGAAGUGACCAGUUUUUGAACUUCAUAAAAUAAUUUCUGUAAAUUUAUUUUGUAUGUUCGCCCUCCUCCCUCUUCUUCUUCUUUUUUUUUUGUUUAUUUUUUUUUAUUUUAUUUUUUUUGUAUUUCUCAUUGCAUUUGUGGUCAUAGGUAAUUUCACUGAAACCAUGAAAACUUAAAAAUUGGGAGAAAAAAGUGUUUCCACAUGAAUUUUGUGAAUAGGGGUGGGACGUAUUCCAAGUGUCCCAGAAAUAAAAUUUAAAAUACAGUUAUUUUUCUUUGUGAACAGGGAGCAUAUUCCAAGUAGAUGAAAAUAGGAUUGUAAUUUGGGAUAAGCACUUGUUGCUUUUAGCUUUUUUUCAUAUGAGAUAUAUAUUCUAUUUAAAUACGCAGUACUUAGGAUACGAUAAACAGGCAGUUAUAAAUAAAAAUUACCAACAACUUUAUUGUUGCUUUGUGAGUCUUAUACGACUGGUCACUCCUCCCCCCGCCCUUUUUUUGUUGUUUUUUUUUUUUUUUGAAAAUGUAGUAUAGUGCUGAACGUGACCACAAAAUUUAUAUAUUAAACCACUUCUGUGUCAGAAGGUCCUAUAACACAUAAAGAUUGCAAUUUACUCAUCUUUCUAAAUUUGGACCCAGAAACAUUUUAUUGACUCCAUCCCCAUUUGACCUUCUUUGCACAGCGUAAACUGUUAAAAUCGUCUUUCUUUUUAACAUAGGAGCACAAAAGAUGAAUUUAUUUCAUGGAGUGACUUUCAUUUUUGACUUGCUCAGAAUCCUAACUUAAUUUUAUAAUGGCACAAAUUUUACUCUGAAGGCUCCCAGAUCGAGACUGAUACUGUCAUUCGUUAAUGUUAGGAGGGAUGGUCCCUAUUUAAUACGCCAAUACUUAAGGAAUUGCAAUGUAGUGUGUUUAUGACCCUCUCAGUAAUUGAAAGGUCCAGCCAAGGUACCACAUUCUGUCUGCUUCAAAUUGAAGUAAGGUGGUGGGUGGGUUGGGGAAAACAAAACUGUCUGUUGUGCUAUUUGUUCCAUGCUAAUCUGUGUAGAUGUCCUAGAAAUUUCUGAUGGUUUAUACAGCACCUGAAAUGUUUAUUGAAAUCAUUUUUAAGUACC